AUGUCAGCUAUCGAGGAUUAUCUUGCGCUGCCCGGUGCACAUGCUCACCUGGAAGGGUUCCUUGCUCUUCUCAGACGGUGUGGAACACCAGCUGUUCUCGGCAGGGAUGAAUUGAGCUUGGGAAAUGCCAUUCACCGUAUCCUCAUAAACGCCGUCAUAGGCAAUACUCUGACACGGCACGCUGGAGGCUUUGUGCAACUAUACACGUUCACGAACCAAGAACUCACAGACGCAUUCAGGCUCACAUUAUGCAACGACUUUCCGUGCCCCAGCUUUCUGUGGGCGCAAAUACUCGAGAUUGGCGAUUUGCGUGGCGCCGCGCACCUUGGCAUGUCCGGUACGCUGUUGAAGGAAAAGGCCGAGAAAAUAUACGACACCAUUGCAGGGUUUGCUCCGGAGGCGUGGACGGAACCAUAUUCAAUGCCCAAGGCAGACACCGCCUAUCUUCUGGCGAGCAUCUUCAAAGCAGCCUGCAGCAUUUACUGCUGUUGCAGCUAUCCGCCCUCGGCGGAUUCCACACUUGUCGACUGGAUCGACGCCGUCAAGGCAGCGCAGCGCAAGAUAUUGCUGCGGCUCGUCAGCCACGCCUUUGAAAAGGACAACCUCCGGUGGUGUCUCACCUGGCCGCUCGCGGUGCUGGGAUACGCCGUUGCCACGGGAAGCUUCGCGGAGCGGGCUACGGUCGGCCGGCUGCUCGCGGAAAUGGGCAGCGAGUACAGCCCGAUGCCGCCGCGGGUGAGGGUGCGCCUCGAGCGCUUUUGGCGAUCCGGGAGCAGGUCCUGGGACCAGUGCUGGCACGAGCCGGUAAUAUUUACGGUAUAG